AUGAGAUCCGUUGCCAUUCUUGCCUUCCUCUCUACUCUAAUUGGCGCUGUGGGUGCCGUGGAUCGUCCGCGAUUCGAACCCAGUGCUCGCGUCAAGCUUCACCUCGUCAAGACCACGGGAGAAGUGAUGGUAGGUCACGAAGACAAGCGCAAGAUUUUGCUCAAGUGGGGACGCUACCACAACGCGGAACAGUACGAACUUUGCCACAACUGCGACAACAUUGAUGAAGUGACUGGAGAAGUUGACGGUGACAUUGAUGAAGAGAAGAUCAUUUCCAUUGGCACUGGUCGUCAAUUUGAAUGUGGUGGCGAUCCAUGCCUUGUGUAUCCAGAUGCUCCCUUGGGAUACAACAAGUUCCACCUUCGAGUGCUAAUUGGUGACAAGUGGAGCAAAUGGAGCAAGCACAAAAACUACCAUGUCGAUGAACCAGGAGCUUUGGAACAUCGUGAAUUGUAG